GCAAUGUCAAGCCCGAAACUGAAAAUUUAGCCAUGAUUGAUUUGGCAUUCAGAUGUUGUGUUUUAGCGUUUUCCGAGUCAAAAUAAUUCAUUAAUCGGAUAAAAGAAAUUAUAAAAACUGCUAAUCUCAAGAUCAUCUAUACCUAAUGAGACCAUUUAUUUUUUGAAUCAUAGCGGGAUUUCGAUUCAUGUAUGUCAAUUAGUAGGUUCAAUUCACGGGAUUUAAAAGUGGAGAGCGGAAGAAGUGUCAGCGUGAUUACUGUUUAAAAGCAAUUUGUUUGUCGGAAGCGGCUGAAAUGCCGCUCUUGAGACCAUCCCAAUACCGUUAGACAUAAAACCAAUGUAAAAAACGGAUAUUUAUCCAUCAGCUAGAUCGAAUUAACCAAGCAAUCAACGAAAGUAUACGAACAUUAUAAAUCGAGUGAAAAAUACGAACUGAGCAAAGGGUGAAAAAGGAAAGUGAAAGUGAUUGAGUGAACGUCCGCGGGUCUAGAGGCACCCUCAUUCAAAUGGACAGUGCGCGAGAGGUGAGGGGAUAAGACAUCUCGCCCUUCUGCCGCUGGCAUGACGAAAAAUAAGCAACACAAGUUUCCACUCAGGAAUGAAUUCGCUACUAUCAGCAGGAGGUUCAAGAAAAAGGAGAAGCUGAAAAGAGAGGUCCGUACAGUAACUCUGCAAAAAGGCGGUUCCGGUCUAGGAUUCAACAUCGUAGGCGGUGAAGAUGGAGAGGGUAUCUUCAUCUCAUUCAUCUUGGCCGGAGGUCCAGCGGACCUCAGCGGAGAGCUGCGCCGAGGUGACCAGAUCCUCAGCGUCAAUGGCGUCAAUCUUAGGAAUGCCACCCAUGAGGAGGCCGCCAUGGCUCUUAAGGGUACCAACCAAACCGUAACAGUUGUUGUACAAUACAAACCAGAAGAAUACAAUCGCUUUGAAGCAAAAAUCCAUGACCUGAAACAGCAGAUGGCCCACCCAGUUACGGGGGGAACGUUGAUUAGAACUUCACAAAAAAGGACGCUUUACGUCAGAGCCCUCUUCGAUUAUGACCCUUUAAAAGACGACGGCCUACCGUCCCGCGGCCUAGCUUUCCAUCACGGUGACAUUUUGCACGUGACCAACGCGGGCGACGAUGAAUGGUGGCAGGCUCGCAGGGUGCUGGCCAACGGAGAGGAACCUGUUGUGGGCAUAGUGCCCUCAAAGCGAAGAUGGGAACGGAAACAGCGCGCUAGAGACAGAAGCGUCAAGUUCCAAGGACAUGCGGCUGGGGCGAACGUACUAGAGAAGACUCCAGCUCAUUCUUCAGAAACGCUCUCUCGUCAAUCUACGCUAGACAGGAAAAAGAAGAACUUUUCGUUCAGUAGGAAAUUCCCAUUCAUGAAGAGCAAAGAUGACAAAUCUGAAGACGGAUCUGACCAGGAACAAUCUCCCGACCAAGUUAACUCUAACGAUACCGAAAAACCACCUCCUCAGUCAUUCAUGUUAUGUUACACACAAGAGGAUGCAAAUACUGAAGGUGAAAUAUUGUAUCGUGUCGAACUACCGUACAUGGAAGAAAUAACGCUAAUUUAUUUGGAAGACGACCCUAGCAAUGAAGAGAAUGUUCUUUCAUAUGAACCAGUGCAGCAAGUUCAUAUAAAUUACUCUAGACCUGUCAUUAUAUUGGGUCCAUUGAAGGAUCGUAUCAAUGACGAUCUAAUUUCGGAAUUUCCUGAUAAGUUUGGAAGCUGUGUUCCUCAUACCACGAGGCCGAAAAGGGAAUAUGAAGUAGACGGGAGAGACUACCACUUCGUAGCAUCACGGGAGCAAAUGGAACGCGACAUUCAGAACCAUUUGUUCAUUGAGGCUGGACAGUACAAUGAGAACCUGUACGGUACAUCAGUUGCUUCAGUUCGAGAAGUUGCUGAAAAGGGGAAACAUUGUAUACUGGAUGUUAGUGGCAACGCAAUAAAACGAUUGCAAGUGGCGCAAUUGUAUCCUAUUGCAAUAUUCAUCAAACCGAAAUCUGUCGAAUCAAUAAUUGAAAUGAAUAAGAGGAUAACAGAUGAGCAGGCCAAGAAGACUUACGAAAGAGCUCUGAAGAUGGAACAGGAGUUUGGAGAAUAUUUCACAGCCGUCAUAGAAGGCGAUACGCCCGAAGAGAUCUACAACCAAGUGAAAGAAGUAAUCAAGGAGCAAUCCGGCCCAUCCAUCUGGGUCCCGACCAAAGAGAAGCUGUGACCCUCGGUGCCGCCGGUGUGGACGCUGCCCGCCCGGGCGCCCCAGAGGCUCCAUUAGUCGCCGCUAGACGGCGCUGCUGACGGCGAUCGCACACCAUAGAUUCCCAUAUCGCAGCCUCCAAUGCGGCCACGGCUCUCAGUGCAAACGAUACACAAUCUGAUUGGUGGUAGAAAUUUUUUGAAUGGUGACGUUACUUGAACCUGUACUUGAAAUAUCUCGAAUAUACGUGCGUUGUGCAUUCGAAUAAAAAUAGAAAUUUUGCGCAAAGCAUUCAACUUAUCAUUUCUGCCACCCACUAUUAAGUUUGUGUCAAUAAAACAUGAAAGUUUGUUUCCAUGUGAAUUGUUAAAGAGAAGAGUGGGUGCAAAUUCGGGCACUGAAUGCUUUAUCCACAAAAAAACAUCACUUAAAAGGGACAAAAGGUAUGUCGUAACUUCUGUAUCAAAUAAAUACCAUACAAAAGAUUUUAACUAACCAUAACCUACUGUUUGCAUUUAGAUAAUCAUGAAUCGUUGCUUACGACGUAAGUGCCACCUUUUCAUAAUUGCUGGUAAAUGUAAGGUAUGGUCUAUAGUCAUAGAAGUACUUGUCCAUACCAUAUUAUAUUGUCACCAAUGGAUGCACUUGCUGAAAUAGUAAUCCGUAGAUACGCAACAAUAGUCAUUCGGUUACAAAAAAAACAGAGUGUCUCCAUGCCACCCAAGUAUGCCAUGUGGCAGCGUUGCACUACAGACAGCGCAACGUUCCUAUUUUGCAUAUUUGGCGUUGUUGAUGCGAUCUCGUUUAAUAAUGCGUUUUCCAGAAUAACAUGUAAAUCUCUCGUGUGCAAAAAACGCCAUGAGUUCUUAGAGGGCAGAACGUUUAUAUCGAGGAUUUCUGCCUAGGAUUAAGGUUCAAAAUUCCGGAUAUAAACACUCGGAAUCACUAUCUUAACAGGAUAAGCCAUGCCUCCAAAUAAGUAGAAUUGGAUUAAGAUUUGGAUUUGUAUUUACCAAUAUGAACACUUGAUCUGAUUUUAGAAAUUCUGUGGGCAGUCACUAAAGCAAGUCAAAGAUUAAAAGUACGACAUGAACGCCUCAUAUUUGAGAUUAUCUAAAUUCUAAUCAAAUCUUGAUCCGAUUCCAUAUAAACUUAGUGAAAAUAUUCUAUACGGUCUCAUAUGGAGAUACUGGAAAUCGAUUUUUCUGCAAUGAGUCGAUCCAGGGGCGAAUGGAAACCCAACUGGUUAUUAAGAUGUCAAAAUUUCGUUGAAUUAUUCAGUCUCUUUCAGAAAAACCGAUUUUUAGUAGCGUCCUUCACGAGUCUGUAUCCACGUGAGGGAGCCCCAUUGGGAUAUUUUUUAUAGGAACUUAGUUAUUUUUUGUGCUUUAUUUGCAUAUUCUGUAGAAACUACGCGUAGAAGGUAUUCAGUUUAGCAUGUACAUCCUUAUUUUAGGCUGAUUAUAAUAUCCAGUUGACAUGGACAUACGAGUAUUACAUUCGCUUUGUAGACAGUCAGGUACGUACCAAAGUACUGGUGAAACUUAUUAUUAGAUAGAAGCUUGUACUUUUGAAGGUGUAUCGUUUGUACCGAGAUAUUCUGCAUCAGUGAUAGUGCUGCUGCUUGCAAAAACCAGCUCAUCUUGAUAACGUAAAUAUACAUGAUGAUACUAUGCUCUCAUUUUGUUGUAUCUCAGAGGGCUUGGCAAGCUGGGUGGGGCUUUUAUAUGUUUAUCUCUGUCGAAAAUGAAUUGUAACAGACGCGGAAAUUGAUUUAUGGAUUUCAACGAUUAUCUACAUCAGAUUAUAUCUAAAACUGGAGAUGCUUUCGAGUCUGAAAAACUGAUAUUUUUAUGGGUUUUGGAAUGUCAUAUAUAUUUACCUCUCAGGCUACCUAGAUGGCUGCGAAAUCAAUGGAAUAAUUGUUCCACAGCAAGAGCGCAUUUAUGCACACGUUUUAUAUUGCGCAACACCGUCAUUUGCCAAUGUUCGAUAUACAAGGUCCCUCUCCCCCCUAUAUAUUGCUUAUUCUAAAAGUUUCAAACAAGUUGUAGGGUAUUGAGAGGACAAAAUUAUGGUGGCCUUCAUCAUGAUCCCGACUACGACCUUCAAGGUCAUUUCCAAAUCAGGUGAAUAUUUUUAAAUAGAACCCUCACUUUUUCACAUCGGAAUUGAAAAGAGGAGCAAGUUUUACGUCCGAAUAAUUUCCUGUAAUGCCAUUUCAUCUUGAUUUGAAUCAAUAUCAAACACAAUUUGCUCUAGCAAAAAUGUUCCACAGCACAGUAAGUUGAAGGCCAUGAUCGACGUCAAGGUCAAGUCAAAAGAAACAUCUCAUUUUUAUAUUGGAAACGGAAGAAACAGUGAAUUUUACGUCAAAGUUGGGGUCCUGUUAUUUAAAGUCAAGAUCACAUUCUACGUUAAAUUUUCCGCAUUUUCUAUUUUCAGUAUAGAACUGAGAGGUUUCCUUUUUAAGUUCUGACUUGACCUAAUCAUAAUUUCCAACAAUACUACAACUUUUGUUUGAAUUUAUUUUACUAGAUUGUGCUGAUUUUGAAAUAUUUAGGUGGGGAGACUGAAAUGUCUUUUUCUGACUGCAUUUAGAUUGUCAAACAUUGACAAGUAACACUGUUAUGCGACACAAUACGCGUGCAUAAUGCACCUGAAAGGCGCUGACCUACAAGGUUGGCAUAAAAAUAUUAGUAAACCAGGCGGUUAAAAUAUAUAUUUUUUUCUUAUGGUUUGCAAAAUUUACGUUAUUUGACCAGGUAUAAUCAUAUUAUAGCUUAUGUUUUUAAUGUUUGACAAUAACGAUUGAUUAAAAUUCAUAUUAUAUUGGACAAAUGUAGAUCACAUUACCCCAAUGUAGCUGUAGCUACCUAUGCAAUAUAUUUAUACAUUAUAUGAUCAGAAACUCUUCUGGAUAGAAAAUAUCCCGAUCUUCGUUAGCAAAACUGUAUCAAGACAAUACAUUCAUCAGUAGUUUUCCCAUAUAUCUUAUAUAUAUGUAGAAGAACUAAUUCGUAAAGCAUAUUAUUAUAUUCGACAAACAUAAACGGUGAUUCCUUUAUAAUUAGGCUUGUAUUUAUUUAUUAUUUAUUGAUGGAAGCUGCCCUGUCCGUGCUUGCAUAACCCUAUACCCCAGUAGGUUUGGAUUGAAGAAGGAAAUAUUGAAUUUGCAAUGCUUAGUAAUUUGAUGGAUUUUAGCACGUAUCAAGAGGGAAAGAACAAUAAAUACAAAAGUAAUUUGCCUAGAAUUUCUCCUUGGAUGUGAUUUUGGAUUUUUCAGCUUAUUUGAAGUGCGAUAACUUGUGGAUUUGAUAUUUUUCCUGCUUCUGGAAUUCUUUUUAUUUUCUUGUGUAGUUCAUUGAGAUUUAUAUCACAUGUUAACUUCAAAGUCCAAAAAUAUAUGACCUAGUGAUCACCAAAUAAAUUAUUUUUUCAUAUGAGUGGAGUUUUUCUAUUAUACUAGCUGUCCGUAUCACGUGGCAUCCAUCAGAAUCUAUAGUCUGACGGAGGGUCAGCAUCAUUUCGCGGUAUCGCUUGGCAGUAAAGCUAUAGGUACUGUCGUGAUCUGACGUAAUACCACGCUAUAACAACGGAUGUUUGCAGUAUUGCGGGCGACUUUCCUCUAUCAUGCAGUCUACCAGGAAGAAAAUCAUCUUCGGUGCUGCCCUUGACGAGCUCCUGUAUACGCGAGCAAUAUUAGUAAUAUAUAUAGAAUUUCAUUAUAUCAUUGCAGAUCUAAAGAUUAAAUUUAUGCAUCUCAACAUGAAAUGGAACGACCUUGAGUUCCAAGUGUUGUGAGACUUUUAAACCGUAAUUUUAAUACAGCUUAUAAGAAAUCCAUUUGGUUACUAGCAAUAUCAAAGUUCAAACCUCGGUAACUUCUGGGCAAAAGUAGUUAUAGACGGUAUAUCAAUAAUAAUUCCAUUUCGCUCUGCCCAAGCUGCCUUUGUCCACCUGAGUUUGUUAUUGACAAAUACACAAGUAGUAUUAAGGAAGACAUCUUGUUAGAUUAUUAGUGAGGAUAUAUUAAAGCCUUGACUUUUAUCACCCCGUAAGAAGCUUGUAUAGAUGUGGAUAACUUUUUUCUCCGAGCCCCGAGUUUUUGCACUUGUGUUUAACUAAUUAAGUAUAUAGUCAAAUUUUGAAACCUUUAUAUAUAAUAUUCAAUUGUUAUCUGACUUAGCUAGUUUUAUUCAAUGUUUUUGUAGUGUAUGUAAAUUUACAUUUUAAAUGGAUAAUUUAAGAUAAAAGGAAAUUUGUAUAUACACAAAUUAUUAUCUGUGUAGCAUAUAUUUGACAGAAAUAUGUUGUUAUUCGAAAAAGUUGUCACCUAACUUAUUUCAGUUAAUAAAAGAAGUUUUACUAAAUAUGUAA